AUGUCUGUUAGAUUCAGCUCCAGCAAGCAGUUCUCUUCCUCCCGCAGUGGAGGAGGAGGAGGUGGAGGAGGAGGAUCAUCCCUCAGAAUUUCCAGCAGCAAAGGCUCCUAUGGUGGAGGGUAUAGCUCAGGGGGGUUCAGCGGUGGCUCUUUUAGCCAUGGGAGCUCUGGUGGAGGUUGCUUUGGGGGCUCAUCAGGUGGCUAUGGAGGCUACGGAGGAGGCAGCUUUGGUGGAGGCUAUGGAGGAGGCAGCUUUGGUGGAGGCUACGGAGGAGGCAGCUUUGGGGGCGGCAGCUUCGGUGGAGGUAGCUUUGGUGGAGGUAGCUAUGGAGGAGGCUUUGGUGGUGGAUUUGGAGGAGGAGAUGGUGGCCUUCUCUCUGGGAAUGAAAAGGUAACCAUGCAAAAUCUGAACGACCGUCUGGCUACCUACAUGGACAAAGUCCGGGCUCUGGAAGAGUCCAACUAUGAGCUGGAGGGUAAAAUCAAAGAGUGGUAUGAGAAACAUGGUAACUCAAGCCAGCGGGAGCCCCGGGACUACAGCAAAUACUACCAAACCAUCGAAGACCUUAAGAACCAGAUCCUCUCCCUGACAACUGACAAUGCCAGUGUCCUGCUGCAGAUCGACAAUGCCAGACUGGCUGCCGAUGACUUCAGGCUGAAGUAUGAGAAUGAGGUGGCCCUGCGCCAGAGCGUGGAGGCUGACAUCAACGGGCUGCGCAAGGUGCUGGAUGAGCUGACCCUUACCAAGGCUGACCUGGAGAUGCAGAUUGAGAGUCUGACUGAAGAGCUGGCCUACUUGAAGAAGAACCACGAAGAGGAAAUGAGAGACCUUCAGAACGUGUCCACUGGUGAUGUGAACGUAGAAAUGAAUGCUGCUCCAGGAGUCGACCUGACUCAACUGCUGAACAACAUGAGAAACCAGUAUGAACAGCUUGCGGAAAAGAAUCGCAAGGACGCAGAGGCCUGGUUCAAUGAGAAGAGCAAAGAACUCACCACAGAAAUCGACAGCAACAUCGAACAAAUGUCCAGCCAUAAGAGUGAAAUUACUGAAUUGAGACGUACUGUUCAGGGUCUGGAGAUUGAACUACAGUCCCAGCUGGCCCUGAAACAAUCGCUGGAAGCCUCCUUGGCAGAAACAGAAGGUCGCUACUGCAUGCAGCUCUCCCAGAUUCAAAGCCAGAUCUCCGCCCUGGAGGAACAGCUCCAACAGAUUCGGGCUGAGACCGAGUGCCAGAACGCCGAGUACCAAAAUCUCCUGGACAUAAAGAUCCGACUGGAAAAUGAGAUCCAAACCUACCGCAGUCUGCUAGAAGGAGAGGGAAGUUCUGGAGGCGGAUCCUACGGCGGCGGAAGAGGCGGCGGAAGCCACGGCGGAAGCUCUGGCGGCGGCAGCUACGGCGGCGGAAGUUCCGGCGGUGGUGGUCACGGCGGCAGUUCCAGUGGUGGCUACGGCGGCGGAAGUUCCGGCGGUGGUGGUCACGGCGGCAGUUCCGGUGGUGGCUACGGCGGCGGAAGUUCCGGCGGUGGUAGUCACGGCGGCAGUUCCGGUGGUGGCUACGGCGGCGGAAGUGCCAGCGGUGGCGGAAGCCAGAGCGGAAGCGGAGGUUUCAAAUCUUCCGGGUCCGGCGACCAAUCAUCUAAAGGACCAAGGUCAGCAGAUCCUAACUGGGAUACUAACAAAACCAGAGUGAUCAAGACGAUAAUUGAGGAGGUGACACCUGAGGGUAGAGUCCUUUCGUCUAUGAUUGAAUCAGAAACCAAGAAACGCUUCUAUUAAGCUGCAUA